AUGGAAGAGAGUUUGGAAAUUUUAUCAAUGGAGCAAUCUUCUAAUACAAAAGAAGAAGAAGUUGAAGUAAGCAAUAAUACUUCUUCAGAAUUUGAUUCUAGUGACAUUUUUUCAACAAAUUUGAUUUUUCAUUCGAGAAAAUCUCUUAUUGAAUGGACCAAAGAUAAAGGAAAGCAACAUGGAAUUAUUAUAGUAAUUAAGAGAUCUGAUUCAGGUGAAAGUCGAAAAGCAAGAAUUAAAUUUGCUUGUGAAAGGAGUGGCAGCUAUCGACAACACAUGAAGACAAUUGAAGGAAAAAAGAGAAAAAUUGAUAGGAGAACAUCGACAAAAAAAUGUGGUUGUCCAUUUUUAUUGAGUGCACAAAAAUUAGCAACAGCUGAUGAUUGGACACUCACAGUCGUGUGUGGAUUUCAUAACCAUUCAAUUGCAAAACAUCUCGAAGGACAUUCUUUCGCCGGGGGGUUGACUCUGGAAGAGACAAAGAUAUUAGUUGAUAUGUCAAAGUGUAAUAUCAUGCCAAGAGAAAUUCUAGCUGUGAUCAAAGAAAAAAAUAAAUGUAAUGUCUCAACGAUAAGGACAAUAUACAAUGCAAGACAAAAACACAGAAUUCGAGAAAAGGCAGGCAGAUCCCAAAUGCAACAAUUGAUGAGAAAGCUAAGUGAGCAUAACUAUAUCGAGUGGCAUAGAUAUGAAAAAGAUACUAAUACAGUUAGAGAUAUAUUUUGGGCACAUCCAUUCGGUGUUGAUUUACUUCAUAUUUUUCCUCAUGUAUUAGUUAUGGAUUGCACUUACAAGACUAACAGGUAUCGUCUUCCUUUGUUAGAGAUUGUUGGAGUUACAUCGACUGAAUACACAUUCUCUAUUGCGUUUGUUUUUCUUAAUUCAGAACAAGAGGAUAACUACACAUGGGCAUUGGAUAGAUUAAAAACUAUGAUGGGCAUUGACUUUCUUCCUAAUGUAAUUAUCACAGAUAGAGAAUUGGCGUUAAUCAAUGCUAUUGAAAAGGUCUUCCCUGCUGCAAAACAUCUUUUGUGCCGAUCAUAUAUCUAA